AUGGCCACACUAGCCCUCGCCAAAUGGUCCGUGAGCCUAAACUAUACUUCCCUGCCAAGCGAAGUUAGAACCGCCGCCGUCCGCAGCUUCUACAACUGGGCUGGCUGUACAGUGGGAGGCAGUGCCCACCCCGCAACAAGCAUAGCACGCAAAGCGCUCGCACGGUUCUCAGGACCGGCCACCUCCCGCCUACUAGGCUCGGAGGAGGGCGUAGAUGUCGACGCGAUGCACGCCGCAUUAUUCAAUGGCAUCGCCUCCCAUGUGCAUGACUAUGACGACACACACCUGGAUACAAUCAUCCACCCCACUGGACCGGUAGCAUCGGCAUUGCUGGCAAUGUCCGAGUCACUGGAUCGCCCAGUUACAGGGGAAGAAUUUAUUACUGCGCUUGUGGCGGGUGUGGAGGCGGAGUGUAAGGUUGGGUUGGCGGUUUGGCCUAGCCACUAUGAUGUUGGAUGGCAUAUCACGAGCUCAACCGGUUCGAUCGGCGCUGCAGUGGCUGUUUCCAAGCUUCUUGGCUUAAACGCUACCCAGACAGCGCAUGCAAUCGGUCUCGCUGCGACACAGGUCACAGGACUACGGGAGAUGUUCGGCUCACACACGAAAUCCUUCCACCCGGGCCGAGCCGCUCAGAACGGGCUGUUAGCUGCUAUCCUUGCAGAGGAGGACUAUACUAGCUCUGCACAGGCGCUAGAAGCAAAACGCGGCUGGGCAAAUGUGGUCAGCAGCUCACAUGAACUCAAUGCGCAGAUCGGCAGUCUUGCACCCGAGGGACGGUGGGAGAUCGUGCAGAAUGCGUUUAAGCCAUUUCCCUGUGGGAUUGUGGUGCAUCCUGUAAUUGAUGGGUGUAUUUUGCUACAUGAAGAGCUGGAUCGCGCUGGAUUAUCGGCCGAUCAGGUCGUGGAAGUUCAGGCAGAGGUUCAUCCCCUUGUUCUUGAGCUGACUGGUAAAACGGCGCCCAAGGAUGGAUUGGAAGGAAAAUUUAGCGUCUACCACGGUGGAGCAGUUGGAUUGUUGUUUGGGAAGGCUACACCGGCGCAGUAUGAGGAUGAGGUCGUUACUGAUUCACGGGUUGUGGGGAUGAGAAACCGGAUUAAAGCUAAGGUAAACGAGGAUCUUAAAGCUGAUGAGUGUCAUCUUACUGCGUUUCUGAGGAAUGAAAGUGGGGAGAAUGUCACGAUUGAGAAGCAUGUGAGUCAUGCGGUGGGGAGCUUGGAACGACCCAUGACGGAUACUCAAUUAGUCCAGAAAUUCGUCGAUCAGUGCAUUCCUGUGCUCGGUCAGGAGCGGGCUGAGAAGGCGAGUCAAUGGUGCUGGGAUCUAGAGAAACAGGGUGAUGUGCGACUUAUCAAGGCAGUGUUGUGA